AAAAUUUUCGUUUUGUUUUUAUUUGUGUAAAUGUUUUUCUACUCAAUUCUACUUUUGAACACAACAAAACAAUUGUUGUAACACAAAAAUUUAGUGUACAAAAUUUUCUUUUGCCACUUCUGAGCGGAUUAUCCAGCCAUGUGUAUGCAGUAUUUCAGCAAAAUCUUUGGGAGCGGUGAUCGUCAAGAUGAACGCAACGCUGUAGUGGAGAAUGCUGGUCCCACGCCGCUAAACAGUCUGGCCAAUAUGCAGCAGUUGUCGCUGGAGACAACGUCAUCGAUGAAUACCAGUGGCGUCAUCACAAGCAGCAGCUCCAAGAGCAUAGUGCCACGCAAUGUGAUUUCCCUUUUGCCAGAGCGGACACCGGAGGUGGCCAACGAUGGCAAUGCAGCAACAGUGGCGACAGCAGCAGCAGCAGCUGCGAUUGGUGCGAUUUCCAGCAAUGUAACAGCAGCAGCAACUGGCUCCAAUUCGCGGGUAAAUCCCCCAAAUUCAUGGUGGAGAUAUUUUGGCAUGAACAAGAAUAAAAAGACAAGCAUCGAGUCACUCUAGAGCACAAGAAAAUCCCCCUCCCCCCUCCUCUUCCUACUUUUUACGAUAUGCAAUGCCACAGAUGGAAAAUCUAAAUAUAGAAAAAGGAAACCUUUGUUUUUGUA